AUGGAUAUUGAUGAUAAUAAAAACGAAGAGGAAAUAAUACAAGCAGAUGUAUGUUAUUUAUGAAUAAGUAAGGAUUCUAAUGAGUAGAUAAUAGGUAAUAAGAAUUUACCUGAGAAUAUGAAGAUUGUAGAGUUUAAAUAAGGUUUAGGUGAGACUUCAUUCAUUAUAUAAUCUUUAAAAUUACAUUUCAUAUUCUAUAAUUUGAAUGAAGAAGAAUUGUAUACUAAUAAUUAUUAUAAUGAAUUAGAACUUAAGUAGCUAAUAAGAUGUUUUAUUGUGAGGCAUAAUCUGGAACAUAUCUUUUUAGACAAGGAGAUUAGGCUGAAUGUUUCUUUAUAGUACAUAGAGGUAGUUUAGGAGUGACAGUUGAUGAUAUUGUAUUUAUAAUCAUAAUUAUUUAUAGCCAAAAAGAGAACUUAGAGUAGGUGAAGGUUUUGGAGAAUUAGCUUUAUUAUAUAAUGCACCAAGAUCAGCAUCAGUCAAAUGUUUUGAGAAUUGUUAUCUAUUUGGAAUAGAUAGAAUUAGUUUUAGAAGAGCUGUUGAAGAGAAAAUAUUAUAAGAAUAUGAAAAUAAUAGAAAGUUUUUAGAAAAUGUUAGAUUCUUCUGUAAAAUCAUUAUUUAAGAUAUCAUUAGAUGAUCUUUCAAAUGAAUAAAAGGAUGCAAUUGCAUCCAUACUAUAACCAAUGAAGUUUUAUAGAUAGUAAGUUAUAAUUAAUGAAGGUGAUCCUGGAUCUUCAUUUUAUAUUAUUAAAGAGGUAAUAUUUAUUAUACAUACAAAAGGGUUCUGCAUUAGUAACAAAAAAUGGAAAAGAAAUUAAAAAAUUACAUAAAGGUGAUACAUUUGGAGAAUAAUCACUCUUUUACAAUACUAUAAGAUAAAUGACUGUUAAAGCUGAAGAUGAUAUUACUUGUUUAGUUGUUGGUAGAGAUGCAUUAACUAAAUUAUUGGGAGAUUAAAUUCAUAUAGUAACAUUUAAAAAUAUUUUAAAAUGGGCAUUUGAAAAAAAUGCAUUACUCUAAAAAUUGACAAAAACCUAAAUUGAAAAGACUAUCAAUUAACUUAAAUUAAUACUUUAUAGAGCAGGUGAUAUUAUUCUUAAAAAAGGAACUUCAGCCUAAUAAAAAAUCUUUGUUGUUGUAGAAGGUUGUGUAAAAAAGAACAAAUCAGGUAUUGUAAUUGCAACAAAAGGAUAAAUUUGGGGAGAAGAAUAUUUUCUAUUAGUUAAUAAGAAUAAAUUGUAUGUCUUAAUUUUGAUAUUUAGAAUGGAUGAUGAUAUUGUAAUGGAAACUGAUGGAGUACUUGCUGAAAUGACUAAUGAUAAUUUUAUAGAUUCAAUUGGAGGAUCUCUUGAAGAUGUUAUUAAAAAGAAUGAAAAAUAAUAUGAUAAAAAAAUGAAAUAUCAAAACAAAUAGAAUAAUAAUGCAUAAAUUAAAAAAACUGAUUUAAUAUUUAUUAAACUAUUAGCUGUUGGUUAAUUUGGACCAGUCUAUUUAGUCAAAGCUAAAUCCAAUCAACAACUUUGCACUUUAAAAACUUAUAACAAAUCAGAUAUUAAAUAAUAUUAAUUAGAGAAGUACUUUCUUUCAAUUAAUUAUCUAGGUUUUUUGAAUCUGAAAAAUAAGUACUAUAAUAAUUGAAUUCACCAUUUAUCAUUCAAUUCUAUAGAACAUAUUAAGAUGAUUAUGAUCUUUACUUACUCCUUGAAUAUGUGAAUGGUAAAGAAUUGUAUGAUGUCAUUCGUGAUAUUGGUAUUAUCUAUUCUUAAUUAAUUUAUUAGGGUUACUCUCCAAUUAUGAUUCAUAAUUGUAUAUUGCAUCAAUGAUACUAAUUGCUGAAUAUUUCUAUAAAUUGAAAAUCAUACAUCGUGAUUUCAAACCUGAAAAUUUCAUGGUUGAUUCCAGAGGUUAUCUAAAAUUAAUUGAUGUUGGAAUAGCAAAACCAUUCAAAUCCGAUAAUAAUAGAACUUUUACCAUAAUUGGAACUCCCUAUUGUAAUUUUAUAAUCAAUUUAGAUAUGGCACCUGAGAUUAUUUGUGGAAAAGGGUACAAUUAUUUAAUUGACUUGUGGUCCAUAGGGAUUUGCUUAUAUGAAUUUCUCUGUGGAUAUGUACCUUUUGGUGAAGAUGCAGAAGAUCCUUAUGAAAUUUAUGAAUAGAUAAUUAAAAAUGAUAUCUCAUAUCCUGAGUAUUUCAAAGAAAAAAAAGCUAAAAAAUUAAUUGAAUAGUAAGUAUAAUUAAUAAAUAAAGGUUGCUUUCAAAAAUUCCAGAAGUAAGAUUAGGUAAUUCUUUUGCAAAUCUUAAAGGACAUCAAUGGUUUGAAAAUUUCGAUUGGGUACACUAAUAGUUUAUAUACAAAAGGAUAAAUUAAUAGAAUAAGACAUUCCUAAUAGAUACAUUCCUCCUUAAGAUUAAUUAAUUACAAGUUUAGAUAUCAAAUAAGCUGAUUAGUAAUAUAGAAUGAUAGAUGAUGAGAUUAAAGUAAGAAUAUUCAUGAUUAUUUUUGUAUGA